UCGAUUUUUCGGGGCUGUUCUCGCCCCCGGGGUCGUCGCUGGGUCGUCCCCGGAGGUCGUCGGGGUCGUGCAGGCGGAGGAGGUGGUCGUAGGAGGUCGUGGGAGGGCCGUUGUUUACUCUUAAUUUGGGGAUUUAAGGAGAACGGGAAAAUUUUUUUUUUUUUUCUUUCAUUAAAAACCUUCCCGGGACCGAGAACGGGAAAUUUUCCCAAUGUUAUUAAAAGCGGAUUGAAAUAAGGGCGGAGUUGAAGACAGAAAAUGGCUUCCACGCUCUCUCUCUCUAACGCAAUAAUUCACGGGGAUUGUUUGGCAAUGGCAUCCUCAUCCAUUGAGGUGAUGGGUGGAGGUGCAGGAGAUGUUAAGGUGAUGCUCAUGGACGAUGGAGUAGCCGACGGCACCAUGGCAGAGGAAAUGCAUACCAUUAUCACCUCUGACACAGCACAGGCUCAGAUUGUAACAGCCGUGGAAGCUGUAGGUGCCACCAGUCAGGAAGAGGACUUCCCUGAUGUUGGGAGUGAGUUCCACACAUUAGAAGGAAUGGAGCCUCCACCGGGGACCAUCAUUUUCUCUCCCCAGGACUUGAUGAGGCCAACAAAGCCCAUGCGAGGGGGCAAGUCAAGAGGGGGAGGACGUUCAGCUUUAGCUUCUGUCAAACAGGAACCUGGAGCCCCAUCACUAGGGGGAUCCCAGAAUCUGGAGAUGCCCGUUGCUUGUGAAGUUUGUGGUAAAGUGAUGAUGACAGGGAAAACAUUGGUGCAACACAUGGCUAUUCACUCAGAUCUCAAGCCUUUCCAGUGCCCCCAUUGCCCAAAGUCUUUUGCUCGCAAAGUCCACCUGCAAGGGCACUUGGUGGUGCAUGGAAUAGAAAAGCAGUUUGAGUGUCCUGUCUGCCACCAAAGGUUUAGCCGGCAGGAUUGUGUGAAGGUUCACAUGCGGCUUCAUGACAAAAGCAAGUGUGUAUAUUGUGAUGUGUGUCACAAGGCUUUCCUCACUGUAGGGGCUUUGAAUAUUCAUCUCCGAAUCCACAGAGGGGAAAAGCCUUUUAAGUGCCAUCUCUGUGGGAAGUGCUUUACACAGAAAAAUCAUCUCAUAACUCACAUUAAAAGGCAUACAAAAGUAACUGAUGAACAUUUUACCAAAAAGCUGGGGCCAAGAAUGUUCAAAUGUGAACACUGCCCCCGUUCCUUUAUUCGUCUUAGUGAUUAUGAACGUCAUGUACAGUGGAAUCAUGGAGCCAUUGCUGAAGGUAGUGUUGUUGACAAGCUGCCAACAGUUGGCAAUCUGUUGGAGGGUGAAAUGCAACAGACUGGCUUAGCCCCACAAAUUUUCAAAGUACCAAAGGAUGCCCUUAAUAGUAAACCCAGGUCACGCAAAGCCAAAAAAGUGAUGUGCAGCACCUCAACCCAAACAGAUGAGGAAGGAGGUCAUGUAAUCAUUCCCCGCCAGUAUCAAGUGUCUGCAGCAACACAAGUGUCAGCACCCCCCACACCCAGGCCUGCAGAUGAGGAUAUGUAUGAGAAUGACAUCUUUGACGAAGGUAUGGAUCGCAACUACAGUUCCGAUGAGGAUGAACCCUUAGAUGGGGAUGGUGAGGAGUGUGUAGAAAGAAAGGUAUUCUCAAUGCCAGAGUCAGCAGAGAUGGCCUCUGAUCCAAUUCAAGAUGCAGCAUUUGAUGCCAUUGUUCAAGGGAAUUCUAAGCCAACAGCACAAACUGAACCAGAAAAUACAGAAGAUCAGCAUGCAGCAUUUCUGCAAGAAGUGGUUUCAACACUUAACAAGCAGGAAGUUGGAAGGAAUGUUAAUGAAAAGCUAACUGAGGAAGAGGAAGAGGAAGCAAGCAGUAAUAGAAAUCUUGAAAGUCAGAAGACAGUGGACAGCAUGCCUAAUGAGAGAAUACUAGACAUUGAGGGCGUUAAUGAUUUAUCAGUUGAAGAAACACCGUUACCUGAGAAGCAAGUCACAAAGACAAUGCCAGAUCAUGGCAAGCCAGAACAAGUGGAAAGAGUGGAAGAAAACCAGGAACAUAUUUUUGAUAUCCCGGAAUUAAGCAAAACGAAAGUUGGACCAGUUUCUGGCCGAAAACCGCGGGGCCGUAAGAAAAGUGUGUUUGGUCUGUCAGGUGCAGCUGAACUUCGUGCUAUUAGAAAGAACAUGAUGAAGAGUUUGAUAAGUGUUGCUGCAGAAGAAGCAAAGAUUGUUGAAGGGGAUGUGGAAGAAGGAAAGAAUAUAUCGAAUGUUACUCCAGAGGAGGGAGAAACUGAAGGUAGAGGCAAGAGAAUGGCGAAGAACAAGCAACACGGGAAGGACUUUGUCUGCAAUAUGAAAAACUGUGAAACUUGCUUCUCAUCACAAAAGACAACCACGAAGAUGCAACCAAAGUUCAAAGUAAAGUUAAAAGAGAAGGCUACCCCAGAAAGCCAGAAGUGGCCAGAAGUAGUACCUGUUCCAACAAAAGAGCCAAUUAAACAGUUCAUCAGAGAAAUCACAAAAGUGGCUGAGAAGCGGCCCAUUGAACCAAGUGCGCCCAGUAGUCAUAGAGAAUCGGGAGAAAAGAGAAUAAAAAUGGAGCAGAAGCAAGAUGAACCCAAGAUGAAAGUUGAUAAUCGUGUGGGAUCGUACCCUGUAGAUAUUACAGCCAGCCCGUUAACUAAUAAAACAAAGAAAGAGGACUUCUUCGUUGCCACAAGCAAUGCUGACAGUAUUGUAUCACCACCAGUAGAACUCAUGUCUUUUUGUAUACCUACAUACUCAUGCAAACUGUGUGGGAGAGAAUUUAGGUUUGAGGGUAAGCUGCAUCGCCACAUAGAAUCGGUUCACCAAAACAAAGCCAUAUUCUCACCGGAUGUGAAACCUGGUCGUGGGUCAUCAAAGGUUGUGAUCCUCAACAAUACAGAGGUCAGUCAGCCAGAACCUGUUGCUGAGCCCGAAAAUCCAGAGAUUGCUGCAUUGCGAUCUGAGUGGAAUGGACACACCACCUGCUCCAGUCAGUGCUCCAACUCCAAUUAUCACUGCUCAUCAACCCAUAACAAUUAUAACACGUGAUAUUGCACCAGUGACAACAACUGUAACAGAUGCCUACAGUUCAGGCGUAAAAGUUAAUAUGAAUAAAUUGGCUGGUCUCUUACCUCCAGGCAAGACAAUACCUGUUGUUUCAGAGGCAGGAAGGGUGAAGGAAGAGACAAGUGCCCCAGUGAUGACAGCAACUGUUUCAUCUACCCAGCCAAGAGAACCAGAAACUAUUAUGGCAGAUACAUUAGACAUGAAAUGUCGACGUCUGCUUGAAAAAUUGUUUGACCAUGAUUUGCUCAUGAACUGUGGACUACUAGAAGAACAUGUAUCAGUGGUUCUUGGUAGAGUACUUCAGCAUUAUGGUGUGAAAAUGAUUGAAGAUUAUGGUCAAGGCCAGUAUGAGGUACUCAAAUAUAAUCUUUGGCGAUUGAUUGAAUGGAAGGUAACAAUGGAACAAAUGGAGGAGUUCUAUACAGCUGGUAAGAGUGUGGAAGAGAUGAUGGAUGACAUUAUGAAUGAGCGUGUGCCCAUUGUUUCACAUCAUUUUGUACCACAGGAACAAGCUGCCCAGGGUCAUGUGCAGGUUAGUCAGGCUGGUCAGGUCACCCAGGUUGAGGCUGUGGAUGUUGGUGAUGGUCAGAUGGUCCUUCAGCAAGUCACUGGUGUUCUGGGUGGACAGAUCAACUUACCUGAAGGUGUAACUCAAGUAGUUCUUGCACAAGAUGUACCACCAGACCUUCUCCAGGGAGCUCACAUUGUAACCAUUGACCCCUCAACUGGCCAGGUCAUCUCUCAGGUGACUGCUGACCAGGUUAUCCUUGCAGAUGCCAUAGGAGACGAGUUGGAGCAGCAGGUAGCAGCACUAGAUGGCCAAGUCGUAGUGUCGCAAGCCCCAACAGCAGUUCACAAUGUCAGCCAAGGAAACAUUGUUGUAACACAUGCCUCCAGUGUGCCAGUGCAGGCUAAUCAAGCUCAUUUAAAUCACGGUCAGGUGAUAGUUCAAGCAAACCCCCCACAAACAGUAAAAAUGGAGAGUGCUAACACUAGCACUGGGCACCCAUCCCGCCAGCACCAACAGUGAAGCUGGUUCAAAAAACCACUGCCCUGUACAAACCGACAUGAUGCUUAAGACAAGUGGAUAAUAUUUAAGCAUUCUAUAUAUAUAUUGUAUAGAGUAUUCCCAAUCACUGUGAGCCUGUCGAUGGUUGACGUAAGCAGUGUUUUAUCGUAUAUACCUUUAUCUGUAAAGCUAAAAUUGUUAAGGAAAUUUGCAGAUAUUUCCUCAGGUUUUCUUGUAAAUAUAUUCAUCAAUUGGCAAUGAAGAAUUAUGUAGUGAGUGCCUUUCUUUACAAAUCUCGUAUGCAUAUCUAUUUAAGUUCCCUUCAGAUUAAUUGUACACUGCAUGUGGCUAAAUAAAUUUUAAACCAGUCAAUAAAACAAGGCAUUGAAUGUUGACUCUUGAAAUAAUGUGAGGCAUUCCUCUACACUUAGACGUGUUGGCAUUAAUCUGUUAUUUUAUGAUAUCAGUAUAAAUUGAUUAAAGUAUAUAAAAUGAAUUUGGUUAUUGUAAUUUCUUCAACUUCAGGUUGUCUAAUUUUUUUCUACAAUUGUGUGAAAAAAGUGUGUAUUGAAAAUAAAAAUACUUGCACUCUUUA